AUGUCGUCUCAACGAGAAAGAGAUCUCGCUGCACAACUCCAGGAAUCAACUUUGGAGAAGUGCGCGCUGCUCAAACAGCUUCUCGAUGCCAAAUCUGAACUCUUCGAAGCCUCACAGCAACGAGAACAGCAUCUUUCCGACCAACUAAAGAAAAAGAUCUCGGAGCUUGAAGCAGUCUACAUUCAAAAGGAGAACUUGGCAACCCAGCUCGAUAAACACAUUGCCGACCUAGCUCUUCUCAAGAAGAAUGUCGACAAUCCCCGCGCGGAGCUGCUGAAAAAAGAAACCGCAUUCCAAGCUUCGCGUCAGCAAGAGCGAAAGUUGGCCUUGGAGCUCCAAACUGUCAAAACCGAAUUCGCAUCCUACAAGAACAGAGAGAAGGAUCGGGUAAACAAGCUUGAGCAGGCCGAGGAAGACCUAAAACGCUCCAAAGACUACGCCAACGUAUUGGCUUAUGAAGCCCAAGAAGCAAAGAAGGCCAGUGAAGAUGCCAAGAAGAGCGCUAUAGACCUUGGAGAUCAACUUGAACGGGCAAAAGAGGAGAUGAAGCUGGCUGGGAACAAGAUCACAGACAUGGAGAAAGAACUGCAGAAGGCCAAGACCGACCUUGCAGCCGCUACGGUCCGCGAAAAGGACCUCAAGAGCAGACUCUUGCAGAUUAAUUCUUCUACUUUUGGGUGCCAAACACCGCCUGUUGUAUUUGGUGCAUCCAGCACAAUUACGACGGGGCCGCGACCAACAACACCUUCCAGUCGCCACCUCAUCCCCAAGAUUGAACAGAUCCCGCCGACCAAUUCCUCGCUGUUCAAACAAGUCACCAAGGGGCGGUCACAGGAGAAGAAGUUUGUUUUCGGUGGACAGUCUCUGGAGAAUUCGAACUUCUUCGGCGGACAGCCCCAGGGAGAUUCGACCUUCGCCAGUUCAUCCGUGCCUCCGGCGCAGAGUCUGUGGAAACCACUCCCUCCAGCUGGGACCGCACCACCUCAGCAAUCAAUCACCAGCUUUGGUGACUCUUAG